GCUGAAACAGAAAGUAAAGUUGUUAUUUUGUUCAGGAUCCAUUUUGAGACGACAGAGCAGAAAACACUAUAUGGAGAUUAUUGAAAAAUAAAGGGACAGUGCUCUAAAAUGAGUCUCUCUGGGGGACAUGACACCAAAGCUAAGAGUGUGGAACAUGGUGGAGAGAACACAAUGAAACCUGGGCUUAGAAAAUAUGCCUGUGAUCUCACACUGGACCCAAACACAGUAUUCAGAUACAGCUUUCUGUCUGAUGGUAACAAAACGGUGACACAUAUGGGAAAAUACCAUCCGUAUCCUGAUCACCCAGAGAGAUUUGAGCACUGUGGAGAGGUGCUGUGUAGAGAGAGUCUGACUGGGCGCUGUUACUGGGAGGCAGAGUGGAGUGGGGGAGAGGCUGAUAUAGGAGUGACAUAUAAAGGAAUCAGCAGGAGAGAAGGGGGUGAUGACUGUUGGCUUGGAUGGAAUGACAAGUCCUGGAGUCUGCGCUGCUCUGACAACCGCUACAGAGCCUGGCACAAUAAGAUUCCCACUACCAUAGACGUCCGCCCCUCCAGCUCCCACAGAGUAGGAGUGUAUCUGGACUGGCCAGCCGGCACUCUGUCCUUCUAUAGAGCCUCCUCUGACACACUGACCCACCUGAUCACAUUCACCUCCUCCUUCACUGAGCCCCUCUAUCCAGGGUUUCAUCUUUGGGGUCAGGGCGUCUCAGCGUCCCUGUGUCAAACACAACAUGAUGUUUCACUCUAAUCAGGGUCAUGUUCAGUAAGACACACUGGAGCAACAAUGUAGAAUAUCUCUCUAGUUACGAGUUAAAAUGUGAUUAUUAUGUGAUUAUUAUAUCUAAAUAUUCACGGUUAUACACCACCUAAGUUAAUAGUCAUUAAUAGAAUGAAUCACCACACUGUGUUGUUAAAACUGGUUUCAUUAAUAUAAUGAAUCACCACACUGUGUUGUUAAAACUGGUUUCAUUAAUAUAAUGAAUCACCACACUGUGUUGUUAAAACUGGUUUCAUUAAUAUAAUGAAUCACCUCACUGUGUUGUAGAAACUGGUUUCAUUAAUAUAAUGAAUCACCACACUGUGUUGUAGAAACUGGUUUCUUUAAUAUAAUGAAUCACCUCACUGUGUUGUAGAAACUGGUUUCUUUUAUAUAAUGAAUCACCUCACUGUGUUGUUAAAACUGGUUUCAUUAAUAUAAUGAAUCACCACACUGUGUUGUUAGAACUGGUUUCAUUAAUAUAAUGAAUCACCACACUGUGUUGUUAGAACUGGUUUCUUUAAUAUAAUGAAUCACCACACUGUGUUGUUAGAACUGGUUUCUUUAAUAUAAUGAAUCACCUCACUGUGUUGUUAAAACUGGUUUCAUUAAUAUAAUGAAUCACCUCACUGUGUUGUUAAAACUGGUUUCAUUAAUAUAAUGAAUCACCUCACUGUGUUGUAGAAACUGGUUUCAUUAAUAUAAUGAAUCACCUCACUGUGUUGUAGAAACUGGUUUCAUUAAUAUAAUGAAUCACCUCACUGUGUUGUAGAAACUGGUUUCAUUGAUAUAAUGAAUCACCACACUGUGUUGUAGAAACUAGUUUAAUUUAUAAAUCUUUGAUCUUGUUGUUAUUGGGCUACUUGGUGUUUGUAAAUAUUGUAGAAUGUUUAUUUGUCAAAUUCUUGACACAACAAUGUGGUUUCUGUAUGAACUCAAUUCAACUGAAUGAAAUGAUGUGACAGAUGUGACUAAUAAAGGAUCAUCAACCAGA